ACGAGGAGAAAGGCACAGCGUGAGGAGCAGCGGCGGCUGCGACGGCGGCGGCGGGGGAAGCGCCGUGGGGAUAUUCUACCCGUGAGGACGCUGCUGUUUUGUGUGUGUGCAUGCAUGUGUGUGCGGGAGAGCAAGCGGGAGCCCCUGCUGGCGUCGUCGCGCAGACGGGAAAAAGGGGAGUCGAGGGGGGGAUUAGAGGACGGUGUAUCGCAGGACGCCGAUGUGCGGUGACGACUCCCGACUGCCGUACGCCCGCCCGCCCUACCAACUUCUGUCAUGGCGUAGCCUUUCUCCCGCCCAUCGCCGGGCAUGCAAGGGGCACAAGCGGGACAUCAUCAUUUCCCUCAGUGCUGCACGACUGACUGAGGUCGGGGGUCCUGUGGGAAUUUAAACAGGAAUACGCUCUUUCCAGUCACGUUAGAACAUCCUGCAGCCACACAAUGUUUCGGCAUCUCAACUUGUCUGGACAACAGCUCCUCGCUUUGCUGAACUACUACUGCAUGAGUUGGUGAACAAAGCAACUUCCUGUCAUCUGCUGACAUCACGCGUCAAACCGGGAGGGGCACGCCAGGAAUCAUGGUGAGCAAGGAGGGCGGCAGAUGCAUGCUCACCAACUCCGAGUCCGACUCGGAGGCGGCGGUGGCACCCUUGCACUCCGCCUCGCUGGCGCUGCAAGUCAAGUAUACUCUGGACGCCAGUCGACAGGUGAGAAAGCGGAACAAGGCCCUGCAAGUGCGUUUCAAGGAUAUCUGCGAGGCGCAAAAUGAGCAGAGGGAGGCGGAGCUGGCAAAGGACGGGACUCCUCUCUCUUACAAGGCGGCGUACCGCAAGUACAUGACCGUGCCUGCCCGCCGAUCCAUCCCCAAUGUCACGCGCAGCACCGGGGUGCAGACGUCCCCCGACCUGAAGAAGCGCUACCAGACGUUCCCCUUCGAGCGAAAGAAAGGGCACACGUUUAAGCACGUGGCGGCCGUGGAAACGUACAGAGGACAGAAUAACGGCUUUGUCGUGGAGGUGACGCCAGUGGCGCAGCGGUGUUUCGACAACGAGGCAGAGGAGGGGGGAGCCUGCGGGGGCAGUCGAGUUUGGCGGACCAAAGCGCUGCUCCAUACUAAUGAGCGCGCGGCCACUGUGGAGCGGCACACCGCACCUGACGGCCCGUGCGAGGAAGCGUCGCUGCCGAGCUGCCCCGCCAACUCGGACUACGAGCUCUGCGGUGUAACUUCCAAAGCCGGCGCGGGAUUACCACACAGAGACAGGCAGCCGCUCGAUCUGGAGGAGGGCUUGUCCCGAUCGCGAACACUGCCGGACGGGGCCUCUAAGGUGACGGGGCCCAUUGCGUGGAACUCCCUCACGCAAGUGGAGUGUCUGGAUAGUCUGUCGGCACGGCACAAGCGCAAGAAAAGCCUGCAGUUCAACGGGCUGCAGAGCGAGAUUCUGCCGCGGGGCGGUCAAGGCUGCGCCGCGCGGCCACAGUGCCACGCCGCGGUCGACCCCCGUGGGGCGGCGGACCACGAGGCCUGUAAGCAAAUCGUGCCUAUGAAUCAGGGCGGGGAUGUUAAAGCACAGCUUCAAGCCAUGGAGAACCUCAUCAGCUCCAGCCAGGAGACCAUCAAGGUGCUGCUGGGGGUGAUCCAGGAACUGGAGAAGGGGGAGGCCCACAGAGAGGGGCUCUCCUAUCGUACCGGACAGGACAUGGCCAACUGCGACACAUGCCGGAACAGCGCUUGCAUUAUUUACAGUGUGGAGCUGGACUUCAAGCAGCAGGAGGACAAACUGCAGCCCCUCAUGAAAAGGCUCUGCCCCUCGGGCGACACCCACUUCCCCGCCCUGCCGUACCCCCACGAGGCCUUCACAUCCACGCCCAAGCGCAAGUCCAAAGCAGAGUCCAAGAAGCACGCCCGAUGGAGACUUUGGUUCAUGUGAAUGCGUCGGGGGGCCGAAACGUCGCGCUUUCCUAACCCGGGGGCUUCUGUCUGGAGUUAUUUUGGAAGCGAUUAUCUUCAAACUGGGUGUGAAAUCGCACCUGGGGGAGACACUUUUGGCAAAAUGUGAUUAUCGGCUACUUCUGAAGCUGCCGUCUGGGGAGUUUUCAGACUUGGAUAGCAGGUGGGUCAUGUCGGGACUAUAUGAACUUGGCUCUCACCAUACAGCAAAGCACAACGAAAACAGUUCAGGAUACACUUUUCCCGGAGAACCGGGACUAUUUUCACGUGUGAAACUGUUCAUACUGUCUAAAAGAAGAAACCUACGAUCAAUUUUAUCCAUAUUUAAAACAUCACCUUGACUUCUUGACCGACUUAGAAGGAGAUGUAUAGAAAAAGAAUAUUGUUAAAUGACACUUAUUUUCUUAAUGGAAUUUUUGGACAUCAAAGGACAUUUUUGUCGAUAGCUGUAUAAAAAAGGUUUCACCUGAAUAUAUUUAUGAAGCGGUGGGAAAUAAGUUCAAAUUUAUUGCAAGGAAGCCACCGUCAGAUUGUAGAGAUGAGUCGAGACGCAAAUAUAUAUAUUUUUUGUUCUAGCCCCGAGAAUAAAAAAAUGCAGUAGAAGGGUAACAGCAAAUACAUGUGAUUGUAUUGCCGCAGUUCACCAAGCCAGAACUGAAUGUACAGUUUAACCUUGCAUUUUUGCAGGAUUUAAGCUUUUGAAAAAGAAACUAGAGAAUUUUAAAAGACAAAUUUCAGUUGUUUUUUUCCCUCCUUUCUUUUUUUCAUACUCACGUCCCAACUCUAUGAAGGGUGUAACGGUAUGCCCGGUUCGGCAUGAACCUUGCAUUUAAGGCUGUGGUUCGAUUCACAUUGGGUACAGUACACAACCAAAAUGCAGAUAAGCCGUUCAGAAAAGGGAUGGAUGGAUCUUAAUUUAAUGAUAAUUUAACAUCGGAAACUGCAAACUGCGAGCAGUAUAUUCUAUAAUUGAUAAAAGAUCGUCAAAUUGAAAAAUGUAACUAAUGGAUAUCAGUGUCAUUUCUUUUCUUUAGGCAAGUGUUUGUCUUCUUUUUAGAAAAGUGCAACAUCAAGUUUGUCAUCUCAGGAAAGGGAAACAUGAAUAGUGAGUCUUUUUUAUGGCAAAGUGCAACAUCAAUAGUUUGUCUUCAUUUUGGGAAAGCGCCACAUCUACAGUGUCUCCUCAAAGAAAGAGCAUCAUCGAAGGGUUGUCUUUUUAUGAAAACAAAAACAAAACAAAAAAAUCAACAGUUUGUCUUCUUUUUAGGAAACGAAAGACACGGUCGGUGCAGCAGUAAACGCCUGAACAGAGAAUUAUUAUGAUAUGGCAUUUUUAUUGCUUGCAGUUACACUUCCUGUCCCUUACCCAAUAUGAUCCAGUGUGGCCAAAGCCAAAUCACCUAAAUACGUGUACCGUUACACCCCGAAUAAACAUCAAUUCAGGGACUCGGAGUUUAUAAAUAUACAUAUAAAAGAUGUUUGCAUUUACUAUAAAUAUAUUGAGUUCCUUAUGGUUACACUGCGAUGCAUUGCAUCAAAUAGGGCUCGUUCUAUUUUACGAAUAGUCAUAAGCUUAUGUGAUUCAAACAAAAAUACAUUUAUUGAUAGGACUGUAGAGUCAUUUACAAACACCGCCACUCUCGUCCGUAGGCAUAACAUUAGCACUGGGAGAGACCUGGAUAUUUAUCUGUACCUUGAAAAAGUGCAAUUGAUUUACUAUGUGCAAUACUGUGUAUUUUAUACUGUUUUGGAAAAAAACUAAUAAAUGAGCAGUUUAAUAUGCAAACUAUGAAGAAUAAAAGCAGACACCUAUAAAGCUCGGUACUAUUUUUUCUCAACAGUUAACUCACACUUUGAAUUAUGUUGCACUCUCUCCAUGCAACAUAAUUUAGCAUUUCUGGUGCCACAAUUGUUCCUCCAAUGUUGAUCAGUGCAUCCGUCCAUCCAUUUUCUAUAGCGCUUAUCCUGCUCAGCGUAGCGGGGAGCUGGAGCCUAUCCCAGAUUACUUCGGGGGAAAAGCAGGCGACACCCUCGCCAGCCAAGUGCAGGGCACAUAUAGACAAACAAGCAUUCGCACUCACAUUCAAGUCAAUGGAAGAUAUGACUGAUCUUUCAAGACCCACAAAAUAUUGUGUUCUGUGACAAUAUACUGCAAGAAAGAGUUGAUGCUCUUCUUUCACCAGAAAUAAAACGUUUAUUUCUAUCGUUUUCCGUCCUCCAAUAAUCAGCAGUAGAAUAUGGGUUGAUUUCACCCAAAACACUGUUUUCUGAGCACUGAGCGGAGAAAACAAGCUUUUUGAAGAAUGAAACUUGUCAAGCAAAACAUUGAAUCUGAGGCUAAUAUUUUUUGGCUUUUGUGACACCUCAAACUAUCAAACAUAAACAAGACUGAGAAGGGCUUUAGAUGGCAAAAUAACAAUUUAUUUCUAGAUAUACAUCUAAGAAAUGCGGCGUGAGCUACGCUGACUCACCAAAUGGCCCGAGUUGAAUGUCAAUCCAUGAACUGUCAUCUUUUCUCACGAUUCCGACACACACUUUCUACUAACUACCUCAAGACAUAAUCUGUUUAUACCUUACAUAUACAGUACGUACUCCGUUCGAGUUUAAGGUACCUAAAUUUGUUCGGCUUCCAAAGUGUUGGCAUUUCUCUCCCUCAUAAUCAGCGUGAAAUUUUAGAUCUACUCAAACAUUGUGCUGAUCUCAAAUCCAAAGCAAUGCAACACGGUCAUCUACAGACAUGCAUCUGUUAGUCAUUACAGUGGUUUACAAACCUGAAUUUCACAGAUAAGCUGGGCGAGACCUUCUUCCAUGCCUGCCCGUUGAAAAAUGUACUAGACGAAUAUAUACGUCGGUGGCAGUAAACGAUUGAAUUCCAGUGGACAAAUAUAAACAUUCACAGCAGUGAAUGAGUUAAAAGUAAUUGGUAAGUAUAAGACAAUUUACUUUUCCCAAAGAGUCAAAUCAAGUAAUGUUUUUUUGUAAUGCCCUUUAUCAACUCUGAGGCAGGCACUGUUAAUAGUUUGAAGUUUGGAUUUUUAUUGAUAUUUUAUUGAUAUUUUGGAGGGUUGUUUUGUUGUUGGCCUUUGAAAAAAGAUUUACAUCAAAAACAAAGGUAGUUGGAGAUAGAUAAAUAGAAGAUGGAGAGACAGAAUAAUUCAUGUUAUCUGUUUAAAUACCAAAUAAACAAAUACCAAUGAUGUCUCUUAUCGCAAAUUUGAUUUCUCGUGUUUAUA